UGGCAGUUGAUUCUCUUACGGCUUACGGCAAAGUGCAAAGGUAGCAAACAAGGCCGCAGCCCACCGCACCGCACCGUAAUGAGCUUCCUAGAGUUCCUGCUGCUACUGUUGGUAGCGUACUAUGUGAUCUAUGUGCUGCUGUGGAUCGUGCUAGACUGCAAUGUGGCCCUGUGGUUCAAAUCAAAGUUCGGCGUCUCGCUGUCGUCGAUGCGCGGACAGGUGGUUUGGAUAACGGGCGCCUCGAGCGGCAUUGGACGCUCUUUGGCACUGAGCCUGGCCCGCCAUGGUGUUCGACUGGUGUUGAGUGCCCGGCGGGUGGAGCAACUAGAGGUGGUCCAGGAGGAGUGCUUGGCAGCGGCUCGUGGCCUACUGGCCACCAAGGAUGUGCUGAUUCUACCCAUGGAUAUGCUGCAGCUGCAGCGGCAUGAGUCCAACCUAUUCACGGUUCUCAAUCACUUCGAUCGCCUGGAUGUGCUGGUGAACAAUGCGGGAAGAUCGCAGCGUGCCAGCUGGACGGACAUCGAGAUCGAGGUGGAUCGGGAGCUGUUCGAGCUGGAUGUCUUUUCCGUGGUCCAUCUGACGCGACUCGUCGUGCGCUACUUCAUCGAGCAGAACGGUGGUCGUGGUCAUGUGGCCGCCACUUCCAGCAUCGCCGGCUUCGGUCCUGUGCCAUUCUCGGCUACCUAUUGUGCGGCCAAGCAUGCCCUGAACGCCUAUCUGCUGUCCCUGAAGCUGGAGAUGCGUAAGUUGGAUGUGACCAUCUUCGCCCCGGGGCCCAUUGCCACGGACUUCCUGCAGGAGGCCUUCACCGGAGAGCAGGGCGCCAAGUACGGACAAAGUACGGCAAAUCAGAAGCGGAUGACAGCGGAUCGCUGCGGCGAACUCUUUGCCGUCGCACUGGCCAACAAGAUGGAUCUCACCUGGUGUGGCCUCUUCCCCGUCAAUCUACUGGCCUACUGUGCCCGCAAUCCGACACUGACCAAGAUCCUCGGCCAGUUCAUGACCGAACAGACGCUCAACAAAAUUCGCGAGGGUAAAUUGUGAGAUGCGGCGUUGCCCGUCUCGGUGCUCCCACAACUUUUAUACAUGUACAACAUUUAACUAUACAAAUAUAUGAAUAUGUAUACAAGAUAAA